AUGGAGAGGAUCUACGAUGCCAAGAGGUGUCCGGAUGACAAUAGGCUGGCAUUUACUGAGUAUAUGUUGACUGAGGAGGCCAGUCACUGGUGGAAUAUCAUGAGGUUGAUAUUAGAAGGAAGUCAUAUUCCUAUCUCUUGGGAGGUUUUCAAGGGUAAGUUUUAUGAAGAGUAUUUCCCUAAUAGCGUGCGGUUCGCUAAAGAGGUGGAAUUUGUUCAACUGGUUCAAGGAGGAAUGUCUGUAUCCGAGUAUACAAAUAAGUUCAAACACUUAGUGAGGUUUAAUACUAUGGCUACUAGUGAAGAGUGGCAAUGUCCAAAGUUCGAAAAUGGGUUGAGAAGUGACCUUAAAUUGUUGAUCUCAAGUCUAUGUAUCAAGUCUUUUCCUACAAUGGUGGAGAGGGCCAAGCUGGUGGUAGGAAAGUUCUGCGUUCGAUGUAGAAAGAACAGUCAUGUGGAGAGCAAGUGUAAAAUGGGAAGGAAAGCAGUUUUAAGGCCUCCAAAUGCUGGAAGGAACCAGUCGAGAGGUAGUGGCCGAGCACAAGCAGUGGGGCGGGUUUAUGCAUUGACGGGGGCUGAAGCAGCAAGUUCAGAGGUGUUAGGAUUACCUCCUCCGAGAGAAGUGGAAUUCUCCAUAGAUCUGGUGUCUGGAGCAGGACCAAUAUCUAUAACGCCAUACCGAAUGGCUCCAGCAGAGUUGGCCGAGCUCAAGAAGCAGAGUGAAGAGUUAAUGGACAAGCAAUUCAUUCGUCCAAGUGCAUCAUCGUGA